AUGGCAAACAGAAUUGAAUUCAUCAACCUAUCGUAUCCCUCGCAGGGAUCUUCCUCAACCUUACGGCGACGGGCUUACUCACAUGCCGCUCGAGUAAACCAUGCUAGAGUGAAGCUUGCCCGGGAAUCGACCAGCCAGAUCAACGAUAAAGAACCACACGCUCCGUCUACAGAGGAGAUUAAGGCUGGUACAACAACGGAAGCAAAAGAAGUCCCGGUACUACUUCCCGAACCCAUCGACCCGCUUACAUCAAGCCGGAGAGAUCCCUUUGGGUGCUUUGUGAGGCCACUUUCACAGUUGGAGCACUACCUCUUUGACCACUAUGCAAACGUUGUCACUACCCAGUAUGACUCCCAGUGUGUGAUACUCAGAGAUACGAGCUUUCACCACCACCAGCUUAGGACAAGCUGGAUUCAGAUGGCUAUAUCAUAUGUGGGCCUAUUACACUACGCCUUGCAAUUUUCGUGCAACAAUAUUGGUGAAAGCCAUCAUUUCGUACAAUACGCUGCUUUAGCGACGCAGUAUAAAAUUCUGUGUAUAAGUGCUAUCAAAGAGGCUGUUGGCGCACGAGAUUGCUCCGUGAGGGACCCGGUAGUUGCUACAAUAAUAUCCCUAGCUCUAGACGAGCUUCGAACGGGAAAUAUUACUGCAUCCAGGCAGCAUGUGCGUGCACUUGCCAAAAUGGUACAAUUUUCCGGAGGGCUACAGUCCCUUGGGAUGGAUGGGCUGCUGAAGCAUAUUUUUGAGAAGUUGGCCUAUGAUAUGGGGCUGCUUGUAGACGACGAAACAAGUCCUUCGACGCUGAUGGAUUUCGUCAAUCAAGGAGGCAUCAAUAUGUCCAGUGCUUUUGGAUCAGCUGCGACCUACUAA